UACGGCACUCGUUCCGCCUCUCCAGGUGCGGGCGGCGGAAGCCGGGAAACAUGGUGGCCUCCUGCUUUCUUCGCAAGUGUUUGACUGCCCUGGCAGGGUUGUUGCUCUUGUCCUUCGGCAGCUUGGCCGCUAGUCAGAUCGAGGAUCAAACAGAACAGUUCUUUAGAAGUGGGCAUACAAACAACUGGGCUGUUUUGGUAUGUACAUCCCGGUUCUGGUUUAAUUAUCGACAUGUUGCAAAUACUCUUUCUGUUUAUAGAAGUGUCAAGAGGCUAGGUAUCCCUGACAGUCACAUUGUUCUGAUGCUUGCAGACGAUAUGGCAUGCAACCCUAGAAAUCCCAAACCAGCUACAGUGUUUAGUCACAAGAAUAUGGAACUAAAUGUGUAUGGAGAUGAUGUGGAAGUAGAUUAUAGAAGUUAUGAGGUGACUGUGGAGAAUUUUUUACGGGUAUUAACUGGCAGGAUCCCACCUAGUACUCCUCGGUCAAAACGUCUUCUUUCUGAUGAUAGGAGCAAUAUUCUAAUUUAUAUGACUGGACAUGGUGGAAAUGGUUUCUUGAAAUUUCAAGAUUCUGAAGAAAUUACCAACAUAGAACUUGCAGAUGCUUUUGAGCAAAUGUGGCAAAAAAGACGCUACAAUGAGCUGCUCUUUAUUAUUGAUACUUGUCAAGGAGCAUCCAUGUACGAACGAUUUUAUUCUCCUAACAUAAUGGCCUUAGCUAGUAGCCAAGUGGGAGAAGAUUCGCUCUCGCAUCAACCUGAUCCUGCAAUUGGAGUCCACCUUAUGGAUAGAUAUACAUUUUAUGUCUUGGAAUUUUUGGAAGAAAUUAAUCCAGCUAGUCAAACUAAUAUGAAUGACCUUUUUCAGGUCUGUCCCAAAAGUCUAUGUGUAUCUACCCCUGGACAUCGCACUGAUCUUUUUCAAAGGGAUCCUAAAAAUGUCCUGAUAACUGAUUUUUUUGGAAGUGUGCGGAAAGUGGAAAUUACAACAGAGACUAUUCGUCUGCAACCAGAUUUAGGAAACAUGGAAAACAGAUAUGAGAAAGAGUGGAUGGAUGAGGAACUAAUGGAACCUCUGAAAUAUGCUGAACAACUUCCUGUAGCUCAGAUAAUACACCAGAAACCAAAGCUGAAAGAUUGGCAUCCUCCUGGGGGUUUUAUUCUGGGAUUGUGGGCACUCAUUAUAAUGGUUUUCUUCAAAACUUAUGGAAUCAAGCAUAUGAAGUUCAUUUUCUAGAUGUGAUGUAUGAAGAAGACUGCAUGAAGACUACCACCGUCGAUAAGAUUUUAUGCCAUUAUAUUUUUUAAAAAUACGUUGUUCUUGUGUGAAUUGGUUAAAAAGUAUAGGGAAACUGAAGUUGAAUGAACUACUGAUUUGAUAACUUAGAGAAAAAUAAUUGUUAAUGCAACUUCUAAAUAUACUUUUUUUGUUGUGCAUGUUAUUAAAAAGAUGGGACAGAGAGACCAGAGUAUACUUAACAGCUGCUUUUGCAAAUAAAAAUGUCCCCUAAUCUUACUCCCUUUCCACUUGGAAAAGAAAAAAAAAAAAUGUGAAGACAUAACAUUCUCAUUAGCAGAUGUAAGCUUCUGUCAGUAUUUUUGUGUUGUUCUCCUAGUCUUUUUUUUCUAUAUACAUAUUUUUUUCCCAAUUAGAGAUCAUAUAGAAUAUAUCAUUCUGUAACUUUACUUUUCAUUUUACAAUUUGUUAUCAACCCUUAAAAGUUCUUCAGAACACAUUGUGAAUGGUUGCACAGUAUCCAUUCUAUGAAUGUACAGUAAGAUUUUUAAUGUUCUUCUGUUUUUGGACCACUUACUUUGUUCCCAAAAUCUUCCUUUGGUUCAUUCUUUACCACAUUAAUAUUUUACUCUCAGCAUUCAUGGAAUUCUGAAGCUUUCAUUAUAAGUCAAUAUAAAAACAUUAGUUCCUUCAUUUAUGGUACUGAUAGUUUGGGGGACCUUAUUUGCUGUCAGUUUAUCUGGAAAAUUUAAGACCUUUGAGAAUUUCAUAUUACUGACUGCUCAAAAGAAACAAACCCCAUCAUUUCUCAUUUCUAACCAUUCUGUGAUACUCUACAAUUGAUUACCUCCCCCCAGUUUCCAUAUUGAAAGAGACAUUGUUUCAGUUCUGUUUAAGGGAAACCUUGCCCACUGUCUCUUUCUAUACUUUUUCUGAGAUGAUCCCAUAGAGUGGAUGGACGGUAUGAAAAAUUCACACUUCCUUCCCUGCCUUCAUGUCUGACUGAUGCAUCAUAAAAGGCAGAGAAGAGCCCUUUUCUGAUCUCGGUGAAGAUGCAAGAGCUCAUAUCUUCAUCACUGAUUUUUUAGCUUACAAGUCAUCUUCCUGUCUCAUAACUGGAAAUAGUUUUGAGAUUGUGUUUUGCCAUCAGCCGCAGAUACUAUUUUUUUGCAUAUGGGGAGUAAAAACCAUGAAAGUUAAGUAUUCGUGUCCCACAGGAUACCUUCUUGUAUUUCAUCUCUUUUACCCAGAUCUUUAUCUUUAUUAAUUGCAAAGAUCUUGUUUAUAAUUAUAGGUAACAUUAAAAAGAACUCUUUCCCCACAGUGAAACCUCCUAAAAUUAAUAUUCCUUAGGAUUUGCUUUCCUUUUAACACUUAAAAUAUUACACUUUAGUUACAUGCAAAAUGGUCAUACUUUUCACAGGCAAAGGAUACACUGUUACCUCUCAGGUUAGAACAAAUUAUAUUAAGGUUUUUUGCUUAGUAAUGAGGCAUUUGCUUUGCUCUGAACCUUCAUUUUAAUUGGUCUUUUUAUUGGUGUACUAGGUAAAUGAAGAGGGAGAAUUUGUAUCUGAAUAAAUGGAGAGGUAUCCUUUUGUCCAUAGGGAGGGGGAAAAACAAACUUACACUAGACUAGCCAGAUCACAGUAGCAGAGAGAGAGAAAAGGUUGACCAUGGCACCCUGCAAACACUUACGCAAGGUCUUGAACACUUGGUGGGACCAAGCUGCUUCGCGUCAAAAGGAAAUAUGACUGAUCUUGAGUCAAAGUAAUUGAGUUUGAAUAUAAUGAAACCUACCCCAAUGGUACAGACCGCUGGGAAGUAACAGCCUUCCUCUUUAGAGGCAGUAGAAGGUGCCCUUCUUAGUUAAAACCAAACUGGAAAAUGUAAUACUGGAUAUAAUAUACAGGAUUAAUUUUGCCCAGGCAGAGUUUCUAAGGGCAGUUAUUUCUUUCUGUUUCAUUAUUGAAUGUUCAGAAUACAGUUAAAGCAGAAAGCUUAAACUGUUAAAUGUUUAGCUCGUAACCAUAAUCUUUUUACAUAAAGUAUAUUCUGCUUUCAAUAAUAAGUAAAUCCUCUGCAUGUGGUAAGUGGGUAAUAUCGUAAGUGCAAUUAAAUAGUCCAGACUUUAAAUUAUACCAUAAAAGCACAUCCUUAAAUAUAUUCUGCUGGAGUCACAAAGAGCUGAACAACCGAAAGGAGUUUUCUUUUUGUCUUUCUUACAGUGUUGUUGUGAGAAUCAGAUGAGAUAAUGUUAUGACUAAACACUUCUGAAACUGUAAAUAUGUGGUGGUACUGUUUUCUUUAUUUGUGCUCAGAAGAUGCCAGCAGGGAAGUUAAUGAUGCCACCGUCCCUCUUUCUGUUGAACUUAUUUACCUGUCUAAGUUACUUAAUGUGAUCUUGUUCUCUUUGGUAUUUUUUUUUUCCCCUGUCCCUGGUGUCUUCAGGGAGAAAAGGAAAUGUAGGUAAAUGGGUCCCAGCAGACAUGGCCUGACCUUUUAGGGGAGGGACAGGAUAUGAUGAUGCCAUUCUGCAAAGGCAGCCUGCGUGAGAAAAAGAAACCAAAUGAUGUGGAUUUUAAAAUUAUGAAAGACAUUCAUUUGCAGUUUAUGAAAGGGAAAUGUAGUUUGGAUGCAAAGCUGAUUAAAUUGGAUCAAGAAAAAUUGGAAUUAAAUACAUAAAAUAAUGCAUGCAUUUAUGGUUUCAAUUUUUAUAUAUCCUCAGCUAGUUGGAAAUGAUGAUUCCCACAACAGGCAUAACUCAGCUUGUUUCUGCUUACUGAGUACUUUCUCCUAUGGUAUAUGUUGAUAACAUUUCUUCCAUUAUGUAUGUUGCAUAGCAGAGUUACAGUUACUGUGGGAAUCAUAAUUUGAAAUUUUGACUCGUGUGUUUCUGGAAUCUUUACAACAAAUGUUGCAUUAACAUAGAACUUUUUCCAUUGAUUUUACCAAAAUUAAAUCCAUCUGUAGCAGAUUCUCUUUUAACUUGUGAAAGAAAUAUUUUAUAAACAUACCACAAGGUAUGGCUAUAAAAUAAUGAGAUCAGCAUCCAUUUUGGCUUUAUGAAAUCAGCCUCAUUACUUCAUCCUUUUCCUGCCGGCCUUUGCCACAAGGAAAGUGCUCUCCGGUGUCGCCCUUCUAUUGCUGCCUGCCCUGUCUGCACAUGCACUUGCUGUGUAAAUAUGAAAGUCUUUCAAUUGGUGGUCAGUACCCCUUGGUAGCAACUAGUCUUUUUUUUUUUUUUUUUCUUAAUGCAGAAAUGUUUUGGUUUUGGAACUGUGCUAUAAAGUAUUUGGUUUAUUUUAACUGUGUAGACCUUGAAUAUGGGAUUGAUGUAGAUGAAGGUGUGACCAAGACACCGGUUAAAAAUUAAAAAUUCACUUACUUGCAACAUC